UGGGCCGGUCUCCAUUCCUCUUAUGUUCGUCAGCCUCUCCGCCUUUCUCUCCUUCCUGUUAUUCCUUCUCCAUUUCCUCAUUCCCUUCAUUCACUCCCAUUGCCUGUUGUGUUUUUACCAUCCACUCUUUGUCCUUUUCAGCGCUCAGGGGCCUUUCCGGGUGAUUGAACCCCCCUUAUGAGACAGGUCUCCUCCCUUCCUUCGUUCAUCCAUUAUACCUCCCACCUGGUGUGGUGAAGUAGAUAUCUUCAAAAAUUUCCCUUCUUUGGUAGUAGCACGAUGCGGUCGCUACUCAACACCUUUCUUUUCUUGGCCCUCGUGGCCGCUUUGGUAUCAGCGGCACCGGGCCGUAUCCAGAAACGCUCAUUUAAGGUUGCCCGGUCGCCAAACGCCAACUUCAAGGGGCGCAAUGGGCCCCGCGAACUUAUGAAGGCAUACCGGAAGUACAGCAUGCCUCUCCCGCCAGCAUUAUUGGAGGCCAUCCAAAGGCAAAACACAGCGUCAGCCGCGGAGGAAACGCAGUCCAGGGCAAGAGCGAGAAGGCACAGGGGCAAGGGCAGGCCCAUCACCGAUGAGGGCGGCUGCACUACUGGAGACAACAGUAUUGUCGACGACAACGGGACAGGAAAUGGCACAGGCAACGGGUCUGCCGGAGUGGGCCUGGUUACCGCUACCCCCGAAUCCGGUGACGUCGAGUACCUGUCGCCCGUCACCAUCGGCGGGCAGACGCUCAACCUCGACUUUGACACUGGCUCCUCGGAUCUCUGGGUGUUCAGUACUCAACUCGGCGAGACUUCCACACAUGGUCACACCGUUUUUGACACGCAAAAGUCAACGACCCACAAGGUGCUUAAAGGUGCCAGAUUCUCCAUCUCCUACGGCGACGGAUCCGGUGCCGCAGGGAACGUCAUAACCGACACCGUCACCAUUGGCGGAGUGAGCGUGGAAAACCAAGCCGUCGAGUUGGCGACGGCCGUGUCUAGGUCCUUUGUCGAGGACACCGCCAACAACGGCCUCGUUGGCCUCGCCUUCUCACAACUCAACACGGUCACGCCACAACAGCAGAAGACCUUUUUCGAGAACGUCCUCCCGUCACUCGCAGAGCCCGUCUUCACUGCCGACCUCCGUAAGGAUGCUGUCGGUGCGUAUGAGUUCGGUCGCAUUGAUCAGGACAAGUUCGUCGGUGACAUUACGUGGAUCCCUGUCAACACCACCCAGGGCUUCUGGCAAUUCAGCACCAAAUCGUUCGCCGUCGGCAACAACAAGACCCAGGCCGCCCCACCCGCCCAGGCCAUCGCCGACACGGGCACGACUCUCCUCCUUACCAGCGCCGAGGUUGCCAAGAAUUAUUACAGCCAGGUUCGAGGGGCCCGAAACGAUGCCCAGGCUGGAGGCAUUACCUUUCCUUGCGAUGCAGAGCUUCCCGAUCUGAUGCUCGAUGUUGGUGGCCUGUACAUGGCUCGCGUUAAGGGCUCUGACAUCAACUUCGCCAAAGUCCAAGGCAACACUUGCUUUGGCGGUGUUCAGCCCACCACCUCAGAUCUUCAGAUCUGGGGCGACGUCUUCUUCAAGUCCCAAUUUGUCGCCUUCAACGCCGGCAACAAUACGCUGGGCAUGGCGGAGCACAUAUGAUUAAGACUUGGCUUAUAGAAUUGUACAUAUUUCUCGGCUGUAAAUACAUAACAUUAGAUAAAGCACAGGCUGGAUGCAGGAUAUCUUGGUUGGGAUGGUAUUUCCGUGCUGUCUCGAGAAGGUGUAACUAGUCAACGGGAUAACCCGAUCAAUACGAUUCCCUAAAUCCGGGACUCAUUCAUUUCA